AUGACAUCACUUGAGUCUCUCUAUUUGUCAUUCAGUGAGAAUAUAACAGGUAGCAUUCCAAGAGCCAUAACUAAGCUUAUCAAUUUAGAGAGCCUGUCAUUGUACCGAUACCAAAUGCAUGCGGCCAUUCCUGAUUGCUUAUAUGAGCUAAAACAUCUUAAAAGCCUUACUCUCCAAGAUUGCAUGCUGACAGGCCCAAUCCCUGCAGCUCGUCUUGGAGGAUUGUCUUCCUUAGAGGAACUAGAUCUCUCAUGGAAUCAGUUGAGUGGGAAUAUCCCUGCAGCUCGUCUUGGAGGAUUGUCUUCCUUAGAGGAACUAGAUCUCUCAUGGAAUCAGUUGAGUGGGAAUAUCCCUGCAGCUCUUGGAGGAUUGUCUUCCUUGCGAGAUUUAUCUCUCCGUGGGAAUCAGUUGAAUGGGACAAUCCCAACAACUUUAGGACAACUUUCUAACUUGUCUUGGCUUGACUUCUCUUACAACUCCUUGACAGGAAACGUGUCUGAAAGUGUUUUUGAAAACCUCAAAAAGUUGAGGUCCUUGGAUUUGUCUUCCAAUUCUUUGGUUUUUGAUCCACACUCUGAUUGGGCCCCUCCAUUUCAGCUUUUUAUAAUUAAGCUAGGAUCGUGUCAUUUAGGUCCUCGAUUUCCUCUCUGGCUACGAACACAAAAAUAUGUUUUGGAGUUGGAUCUCCCUAACACAACCAUCUCUGGCAUCAUCCCCAGCUGGUUUUGGGAUUUAACACCCCAACUUCUUCAACUGAACCUUUCAAAUAACCAGAUUUUUGGCCAAUUGCCCAACCCUUUAAAAAUGCAGCCUCAAUCCUACAUUGAUUUGAGUUCGAAUCAUUUCAGUGGUCCCAUACCCUGCAUAUUGAAUGGAGCCAGAGUACUUGAUCUCUCCAACAAUCAAUUUUCAGCCCCAAUCCCACCCAAUUUUACAUCCACAAUGCAGUAUUUAGAAUACUUUUGUGCCAAAGGUAACCAAAUCAAUGGCACGAUUCCCUCAUGCAUGGAAGGAAUGAAUUCCUUGAUUGCCCUUGACCUUUCUCGAAACAAUAUUGGUGGUAUCAUUCCACCGAGUUUGGGUAAUUGUGCAGCUCUUGAGGCACUUGAUUUGAGCAACAACAGGUUAUCAGGAGAAAUACCCAAGUCUUUGGGUCACUCGCGUCGACUCCGAACAAUGCACUUGAGCAACAAUAGCCUAUUGGAAAAAAUCCCUUUGUCCUUGAAGAAAUGUGCUAGUUUGGAGACUCUUGACCUUGGAUAUAACAAUUUCUCGGGUCAUAUUCCCGCUUGGAUUCCCAAAAGCUUUCCAGCUUUAAGAAUUCUGCGCUUACGAUCCAAUAUGUUUACUAGCAACAUCCCACCACAACUGUCAAACCUAACUUCUCUUCAGCUCAUUGAUGUGGCACAAAAUAGUUUAUCUGGUUUAAUUCCUCCAAGUCUUGAAAAUCUCUUGGCGAUGAAGAAUGAGCAGAAGAUAAACCAUGUUCUUCCUAUGGAGGUGUGCGAUCAUUAUAUUACAAGGAAAACUUGCUUGUGUCAGUAA